AUGUGUGUGGUGACUGGGAGCUGGGUGGUGGACGCUCUACUGAUGGUCCUGCCUCUCGCGUACUGGCACCGCAGGCGCAACUUUUUCUUCUGGGAGAAGCUGGGAGUGCCUUACUUGAAGCCCACGUCGUUCCUCGGCAACAUGGGCGGGAUGGCGAUCGGAGAGCAACACGCCGGAGAUCCCAUAUACGAUUGCUACCUGGAGGCUGCUGAUGCGCCCUUCAUGGGCAUGUUCGCAUUCGGCAAUCCGCUGCUCAUGGUCAAGGACCCGGAACUGUUGUCCCGUGUGCUGGCGACGGAUUUUCCAGCAUUUAACAGCCGUAACUUCGCUGUCGGAAGUGACUCACUGUUGACAAAGUCUGUCUUGGGUGUAAAUGGAGGCAGAUGGGAAACGCUGAGGACGAAGCUGGCGCCAGUAUUCACGCCCGGCAAGAUAAAGACGAUGUUCCCACUGAUGGAGGACGUUGGACAGGACUUGGUGCAGCACCUCGCUGCCGAAGUUGAGAAAGGUGAGGCCAUUGACAUGUGGCAGGUGAUGGCUCGGUACACGACCCACGUGCUGUGUACGAUAGUGCUGGGGGCGGACGCCUGCUCCAUGUCGGAGGCCAAAUCGCCGAUGAGAGAACACGUCAUGAGCCUCACACACAAAGACGUGCUGGCUCAGCUGUCCCUCGCCAUCAGUCUCCUGGCUCCACAACUCUUCAAGCUGUUUCCCUUGACGUUCACAUCCGAGAGGGAAGAGACCCUACUCUACUUCUCCACCGUCCAGAUGAUGAACGAGCGGAGGCAGAAAGGAAUAGUCCGUGCAGACAUGGUGGACACGCUGAUGCAGCUGCGGACAUCAGCAAAUAAGAAACAGCCCAAAAGCAGUGCGGACAGGAAGUCGUCAGCCGGUACAAAUCAUAUGGGUAUGAACCUACACUGUCACCAUUCGUCAUUUCUAGACGUGCUCUCACCUUCACAUCAGAACCACACUACUGCAUUUCUAUGCUCCUACCUCACUCAAUCGUUCAUUAAUCGUGUACGAUAG